GUCAAGAGGAGGGGAAAAAACCAGCCUACUAACCGAAACUGAUCAGAACAAUAUAGUAAAACCAACGCAGAGAGAGAGAGAUACUACACAUAUAUCGUCGGCAACAGGACACCACCAGAGCCAGAGAGAGAGAGAGAGAGAGUGAGAGAGGGGAGGGAUUGACGGCAAAUGGACGGCAUCCCGGGAGGAUUUCUUUUGGGUUUUCUGGGGCUGGUGUAAGAUAUUUUUUUAUAACUCAGGUGGUGGUCGGAUCUUAAUAUAAAAUUGGGGAAGGACGGUUUGUUUUCCCUCUUUUCUCUCUUUCACGUGUCUUUCUUUCUUUCUUUCUCUCUCUCUCUCUUAAAUUCAGUUUCUUUCUGCUACCCUUUUUCUUCGUCUUUGUUCUUUUCCCUUCACUUUCUGUUGGUUUUUUUGACAAAAUCUGUCGGUGGGUUGUUCCUUCUGAGCCUUCCUUGGCGGUGGUUUUCCUAUAUAUACACAGACACCACUCUCCCUCCCUCUCCCUCUUGCGGAGUGUUAGAGAGAGAGAGAGAGAGAGAGAUGGAAGGGAAAAAGCAAGUGGGUUCUGCUUCAUCAUCUUCCUCGUUCACUUCUGAUCUUUUUGGUGCAAAGGAAUCCUCUGUUUCUUCGUCUUCUGGAAUCUUUGGGUCUAUCUUUUCCCCUUCGUCGAAGGUAUUGGGGAGGGAGUCUCUGCGUUCUGAGGCAGUUGACAAGAAGCAAGACUCUUCUACUCAGGCUUGGAGUACUAAAUCUGGACCUCAAGAUACAAUCUCUCGGAGCAGUGAAGGAGAGAAUGUGAGCUUUCCAAAUAGGGAGUCGUCGAGCCCUAUUUACGAGGAACAAAGAGGACAACCUUGUCAUCUCAGCUCAUCGCUAUAUUAUGGCGGUCAAGACGUCUAUUCUCAUCCUCAGAAUACCCAAGCCUCUUCGUACCCACCGAGUCAGACUCAUCAGGUCAAUAAAGAUGGCGGAGAAGAUGAUUCAGGGAGUGCUUCAAGAGGAAAUUGGUGGCAAGGGUCUUUAUAUUACUAAGAGCUCACCACUUAUGGCAUGGGAAUUUCCUCUAUACUCAUUUAGGAAGUCAUAUACUUCUAUAGGAUAGCAGUUUCCCCUGCCUUCUGCAUUGUGGAAGAUGGAUGAAAACUAAUGCCAGUAUGUUGCAGAAAGCUAUUUGUUGCUUCCUGCACCAAAAUUGAAGAACCAAUAUAUCUACUCAGUAGCUAUACCUAGUUGCUUUGUUUUUGCUUUUCUUGUUUCGUGUUAGUACUGUAAAAGAUGUUGACUUUAUGUGUGUUGCUUUGAAGAAUGUCUGCUUUAGGGACUUCCUAUUAACAUCUUCAGCCUCUUCUUUUACUUGUGGACUUGGAAUCACAUUAAUGUAUCAGGUCAGCUUGUAUGCA